UAUCAUUGACUUGCGAAAUGAGAUCAUAUAGGAUCUAUCAUCAUCACUACUAGAAUAAAAAGCCUCCUCAAACGUCCAGCAUCGUUCAGCGGCGUCAUCUCAACAAACAAGAACCUCAGCUGGAUGGCCUUCUCCGGCCCGGUACCGCGAAACCUGAGCUACAAGCUGAUCAAACAUACACUCGAAAUCUAAUUGCUCUUCCCUCAACGUGGAUCCAAACAGCAGAAGAAGUGCAAAAUCAUUAAAGUCAACUACACGGAAGUUGGUGCGGCACUGUGGCAGAGAAAAAAAGCAGUCUUUGGAACCAAGUGUUUACAGCGAGCAUUGAACAGUGAGUACGCGCCGAGAGCAGUACAUCAUAAACCAACUGCGGUCACAAAACAAUACCAAAGGUAACAAGUUGUGCAUGUAGGACGUACGCCUUGAAGAAAGAAGAAAAGAGCGCAUGAAAGUGAAAUGUGGAAACGAGUGUUACAUUAACAUACAUAAGUACAACUAUACCGAGCUCCCCCUCAGAUGCGGCUGAGCAGAUUGCAGUCACCAGUACAAGUCAUCGUUAGUGUUGCCGCUGUUGAUUGCGCUUAGCUUUCAACCCCAGUCUGUGUGUCUGUCUUAAGAAGUAAACUUCCCAGGUACGAGUGCCCCUAAGGAGUUGCACUCGUGCAAUUGUAACCAUCAAUGGACCAAGUCGGUGGCAGUUCAAGUGCUUGGAAGUGUGCUCGGUUUUGCAGAAAACUUUAACCCGUCGUAGUAAGUACUAACAACCGGCUUGGAGCUGAAGCGCCUUUAGAGUGGAAAACUAGUUUUUCCUAACCGCUUGCCACACUCUAACAAACACAGUUGUAGAAGAAAAAAAGUGCAAUUGAAAAAUUCCAUCCACCAGAUCUACGUAACAUCUAAUGUCGUGAGCAUAAAGCUGCUUGCAGCAGUACAUCAACUGGAUAGUGUUUUCGUGCUCGGAGCAGUUUGUGAUUAGUGCAGUGGGUCAAGCAAGCAGAAGGAAGAAACCAAGCAGACAUGUUGGCCAGCAAUGGGAAACUGUUUUCGUUCGACAAAACCGAGAUCAAUCCGGCCCGGAAGAAGGUCUCCAUCAAGCACACCAUACUGGACGUGGUGAUAUUCCUGCUCACGUCAUUGGGCUAUAUUUUGCAGGCCAUCUACUACUCAUUAUUUGGCACACCAAAGAAAGACCUCACCGGAGAGCUUGCUCUGGUCACCGGAGGAGGCGGCGGUCUCGGCCGGUUGCUGGCGCUACGGUUAACCAAACUCGGUGCAAAGGUGAUCGUGUGGGACAUCAAUCAGGAUGGCAUUGAUGAAACUGUCAAAAUAGUUCAGUCUUUGGGAGGAUUCUGCAAAGGAUAUAAAGUGGAUAUUUCCAACAAAGACGAGGUGUACAAAUCCGCUAAUCUGAUUCGGGCUGAAGUCGGCGAUGUAUCGCUGCUGUUCAACAACGCGGGCGUUGUUUCGGGCAGAGCACUACUCGAUACUCCAGAUCACUUGAUCGAGCGUUCCUUCAACGUGAAUAUCAUCGCACAUUUUUGGACUACCAAAGCCUUCCUACCGGCGAUGUUGGAACGUGACCACGGCCAUAUAGUGACGAUCGCUUCCCUCGCAGGCCACGUCGGAAUCUCCAAACUGGUGGACUAUUGCUCGAGCAAAUUCGCUGCGGUUGGUUUCGACGAAGCCCUCAGGAUAGAGCUGGAAUGUAUGGGCGCGCAGGGGAUCUUCACGACCGUGAUCUGCCCGUACUUCAUCCAAGCGACGGGAAUGUUUGACGAUGUGAAUUCUAGGUGGGUGCCAACACUAGAUUCCAAUGAUGUGGCAGAUAGAAUUAUUGAGUCGGUACAAAAGAACGAAAAGUAUGCCAUUAUUCCUGGAUAUUUGAGGGUCAUGCUGGCAAUGAAAUGGGUCUUCCCGUGGGGUUGCAACUCCGGCUUCUUGCGACGACUGGUACCGGAUGCCACGCCUCAACAUGCGGUCACCCCUGUGCAAACGCCAAACGGGUUCAACAUGAACGGCCACACGCAUCCCUUGGCGGGAGCGGCACCCGAUAACAACAACACGAAAGCGUCUCCACUACUGGUGCAUCGAUUGUCCACCGGAGAACGGGUGCUCUAGAAAGCGUGAAUAGAAUCCAACUGGAGAUGAUUUUAGAGUCGAAUACACUGGAUUUUGUUUUUACACGAUUUAUAUGCUCCCAAUUUUGCACUCAUCCUAAAUCUUUAACGCAUAUCAAUUAUCAUAUGAUUUUUCUUUGAUUUAUCCUGGAUUUUUUGAAACAUGUUGCGAAUAGUUUGGUGUUAAAUUGAAGUCACACGAUCAAAAACACGAGCGAAAAAAAAAUCGUGUAAAAACAAAAUCCUGUGUACAAACAAGCAUACACAAACACCCUCUGUACUAAAUAGAUUAUUGUGCAUCCAUAGGACUGAAAGGUUUCGACCUAAAAACGAUCAGAAGAAUGUAAAUCAGAAUGCGGAAAUCUGUUUUGUUUUUCUUGAAUAAUUGCUCAAGGCAACUAAACAAUAUUCAAAUAAAAAAUGAAGUUUCCAAGCCAAUAAGUUAAUGUCGAUGGAGGAAACCUAAUACAAAUAUGUGAUUUGCCUUGUUUUGAGAAGCGACGAAUGAAAUGUGAUCAAGGCACGCUAGGCAUUAAGGCUGGAUCAUUCCUAUUUGUGGGGAAAGUAGUUAUUAAGGUGUCCAACUAGUUCGUAGUAAAUAAGGAAAGAAAAAAGAAAAUUUUACAAACUAAAGACCGUUUCCACUUCUUGCCCUCCAUUGGUCAGUGGGCGUAAUUCAACGCUCUGAAAACGAAUAAAACUGAAAAAUAUGGUGGUGAUUUAUUAAA